GAACCGAGUGGCAGUAGUGAAGGAAGCAGUCGUUCCGGCGGCCUCCACCGAACAGUUUACCCGCAAUGCUGGAAGAGGAACUGCGCCCACGGAUGAUUCUACAGAGACCUCAGAUGCAGAUCCUUCGGCGGCCGCAAUCGCAGGCCCAGGAAGCGGAGAAGGCUGCCAUCGAGAGCAAACCCAAGGCUCAGAUCAAAUCGUUGGAUCAGCGAAAGCAGGAAUAUGCGAGGCCCGCCUCCAGGAUAUUGGGAUCGGCUCACGACGAGGAGGAACAACAGCAAACGAAGCAAAUUGAACAAGCACCGAAAAAAGGCAGUCCCAAUACCAACCGGAUAUCCGGAUAAACAACAACAAUAGCAACAGCAGCAGCAGCAGUAGUAGCAGUAGCAACACCACAACAACAACGGAGGAAACAUUCCGUCUGGACCGGCCGCCAAAUUCGUUCCGAUCACUCCCUGGAU